AUGACUAAAUUCCAAGCAGAAAUUAGAGCAAUGUCAAUUGCCAUAAGACUAAAAAAUCGAGCACGGUCACGUCUCAACAAUGGUAUUUAUACCGCCACAUCACUGACCACAAAAGAUCCAAAAAUUGAUACGGCACUAAUUUCCCCUUCGGGAACUUUGACUUCGCCUCUCUCAACAUCCUCUUCUGCGUGUUCAACGUUGGUAUCAACACCAACAACACCAUCGUCAACGAUAUCUUUCAAGGAAAAAUACAACGCCGCCUGCACCAUUCAUCGACAUCACAAUCCUAAAAGAGAAAGGUCAUACGCCACAGAUCCCACGUUUCGAUGGAAUCUUCAGAGACCAGUCCCGCAACUAAUUUUGUUCUGGGAGACUGUUUCGUUGGUGGGUUCUGCGAUUGCACGUAGAUGUGCUGGUAUCAGAUUUGUCCGAACUGAGUCCGUGUCCCAAACCCCGCCGAAAGGCCCGGAAAACAUUCCCCAACUAAAAGCAAAGCUAGACCCUCUAUUCGCAGUACACAAAGAAUUGUCGGCUCGAGUUGACAAGCUAGUGAAGGAGAAUAAUAAUAACGAGAAAACACCGAGCGACAGUGAUGACAGGGUUCUGCAUCUCUCCACUCACGAAUUGGUCGAGACCCUAAAAGACGUCAUUUGGAGCUUAAACAGCACCAAAAAGUUUCUUGAGAAUGCAGAAUCAAAUCUGGGAUCGUUUCACAUUAGACUCCCACUCACAAAAUCAGAAAUCGCGCGUGAAUAUUAUCAUGUACGCCUCGACCAAUACUCGUACUACUGCGACAACCUGUUCCCAGUGAAUUUUGAAUCGAAUCAAAAUUCGUUGAAACGUGUCAAGCAAAGUCUUGAUAAGAUUGAACGUGCGAUUGCGAGAAAGAGUGGUCAGGGAAAUGUGGAAAAGGGGAUGGAGGAAAAAGAGAAAGAGAGAAUGAAGGAAGGGGAUGUUCCUAGCAUUGCGCAAGAACAACGAGAGAAACCAAAGGAAACAGAGGAAAGUCAACAACAGAAAGUCAAAGAAACACCAAAUAUACAAACGCAAGGUUCAACUCCUUCAACACCUAUAACUACGAAUAUUGCAACACAACAACAGCAACAGAUCAGACCACAAACACCUACAAGAAAUACGCGUAAUAAAUUAUCACCACCAGCAAAUUUUUCUCAAAUGUCUCCAGCUCAGCAAGCUGCAUUCCUGAGACCCACCCCAGUGAAUACUCCAGUAUCACCAUCACCAAGUGGCCAACAACAACAAAAAACUCCUGUGACAAAAGACACGCCGACUGGAAAAUUACCAAAUUUUCCAACACCAUCUGGUCAACAAGUCACUGCCACACCUGUUAGAACUUCUUCCAGCAUAGGCAAAUCUCCAAAGAUACUUGGAAAACCAGCCACUCUUGUGAGAAAUAGUCCAGUCAUCACAGCGACUUCACAACCACCAACUUUGUCAACUGCCACAACAACUUCUGCACAGAAAUCGCCCACCAUUGUUAUCCUUUCUCCCGAUUCAACACAGGUUCAACAACAAUCAUCUACGACUCCGCAAACGACGCCCUUGAUAGAAGAAAUACCACCAAAUGCACCGGAAAUUGCACACAUACAAAUUGAUCAGCCUACAGAAGUGGCUUCGCCUGCACCUGAUCCAAUGGAUGUGGAUGAAUCAAAAACAACUAAUACCAAUACUAAUGAAAAUAAUAGCAAUGAGCCAAUUAUAGAAAUCUUAGAAACUUCGGAAUUUCCUUCGUCCUCAGUAAGUGAUCAGCGGCCGGAAGUUACUAUUCUUGAACAACCUCCGUCCGUGACUGUGAUAAAUGAACAAAAUCAAUAA